UCUCUGUUCUUAUUUUACUGUUUGAGGGCCAAAGAUGCCAUUUGUUGUGGUAAACAUAAACAAUCAUACCUAAAUAUUGCGUUAGUUUUAUUUAUUUGUUAUUUCUAUCAACUUUAAUCCAAUUUCAAAAUGAAUAAAACUUGUCUUGAAUGAAAUUAACGAUAGAUAUAAAUAAAAUAAAUUAAUGAUAUAUUCUGUUAAUAAAUUAUUAAAAGCAAUUUUUUAAUAAUUCAUACAUAAAGUUACCAACAGCAGUGUAGAUAUUUCUAGAGAAAUUUCUAUAGAAAUAAUAUCUAAUGUGUUUUCUGUUUAAGAAUAUUGUUUUAAAAAUUUUUAUUUUAAAGUGCUUUUAAUUGUACAUUAGCUCUUCUCUGUAUAAAUUCAAUAAUAAAUCUUAAAAGAAAUUUUGAACCCGUACGGUAGAAAUAAAAAUAAGAUAGAUAACUACAUCUGAACUUUUAAUGUUUAUAAAUAUAAAAUACAGGUAAACACAAGGUAAGUUUCAACACACCCCACAACCAUCUUUGGCCCUAGGUGUUUAGCAAUUUAUACAAAUAUUUUUUGUAUUACGUAUAACAUUUACAUUACUUUUAAACAAUUUGGUAAAUUUUUAUUUAAUAUUGCACUACGCGAUUGUUUAAUUCAGAAUACAAAUUGCUAAGCACCUUACUUUUACAUGUGGUAGCAUGUACAUAGAGUGCAUUUCGAUGAAACAUAAUCUAUAAGUUUUUUUUUAUGUUUCUCUACAUCUUAUAGAUAUUUGGAAAUAAUUUUAUACAAUUAAUCGAAAUGGACUUUAUGUUAGACAUUAUUUAUAUAUGUGCAAGAAAAUGGAUAGAGGGAUUUCUCUGGAUUAUUCAUAUACAUGAUAGGAGAGAAGAAUAAAUUUCUUAUUCAGUAGUAACUAUGCCUAUUGCUUAAGAGAAACCAGCUUGAUCUCUCUGUCCACUCAGAAACCAAAUGUUUACAUGUUGUCGAUAUUAAUAUUCCCACGCUUACGUGAUGGCACUAAAUGCCGCACAUGACCGAUAUUCAGCCGAUUCAAAAAUCACAGACGAUAGAUAUUUUAAUUGAUGCAACGUAUAUCUACUAUUUCUGAUUUAUGAUUUUCGUGCUUUCCGACGCCUGCGCUUUACGAUAUUGCCAGGACACUAUUACUAUAUUAAUCUUAAGAGAUUAUCUUUUAAUUGAUAUAAAAAGAUUGUGCUUCAACGAGAUCGUUAAUAAAUUUUGCGUGUCCGGUACGAUUCUCCGGAAUUCUACGACAAAGUAAUUGCGCAAUAGUGUACAACCGAGAAGAAAAUCGGUUCAGAAAUUGUUAAGAGUCUCGAUGUCGAAGAAGAAGGAUCGUAUAUUUUCCGAUUUGAAGACUUCUGCGAAACAAAGGAAAAAGAAUCAUCCAUCAAGAGACUGCUGAGUCAAGAGGAUUUUUUGCAUUGUAAACACAAAGGCGAGUAUCACUUUUUUUAUAUUCUAUAUUCUAGUUUGUUUAUGGACUAUUUUUUGUUAUAUGCAAAAAUAUUGCGGAUUUGUAUGAAUAUUAUCGGUAUGUGAAUUUCAUGGUUACCUGCGAUAAGUUUAAACGAUGCCAUUUUUUGGCAUCAAACGAAUUCUUUUAUAAAUAUCUCAACGCGUGUUAUAUUCUAUUAUUUAUACUGCUUGGAUGCGCGUAUUUUUUUGCGCAUUUCCAUAAAUGCAGAAAAUAUACCGCGAGGGAUAGUUAUUUUUAACGAUUGGUAAACCAGGCUUGCAUUAUAGUUGCGCCGGUUUUGCGUUUGUAAUAAAAUGCGCAGGAAUCCAAUUAUUUAUUGCGCCUUUAAUUGGCUGCAAUAUUUGAUAUAUAUAUAUCGUCAUAGAGAAUAGUCUAGGCAUAUGCCAUUAUAUAUUUUUUUAAUGCUUUUGUUAACGGAGAAAAUUGUACUAUUCAGUUCUGAGUACAGUGGACAUAUGAUAAAUGAAAGAUUGAUACAUAGCAUUUUUUUUGUGCUUUUAAUGCAUCAAGCUUUCAUAAAUUUUCAUUUUUCACUUUAAAGUACUGAAUAAUAUGUUAAUUUUUCUCCUUUGUCUGCUAUUAUUGCAGUUCUUAACUGCGUUUUUGUCUUGUUCUGCAUAAAACGUAUUUGUGAUAUGUUAAAAUGGCGUUAGAUUGUGUUGAAUGCGGAGUACAUACAUAUGUGAGAAAUCUCUGUUCUCCGUGCAAAUGAGAAGAAGAUGCCUUAUCGUAACGGAUUAUUUAUAAAGGUGAGAUUUUUCUGUACCUGAUUUAAUUUGCGUUUUAAUAUGUUCUAUCCCAAAUCAUUAGUGAUCUUUUGAGUAAGAAUUUGCUUUUCUCGAACUAUUUUGCCAAGUUUUAUGGCUUGAUCUUUACUUUUCCCUUCUGCUGUAUCGUUAGGGAAUAUGAAAUAUAUAUUUAAACAUAUUUUUAUGUACAUAUUUAUGAUUAUAAUUUAAACGAUAUUAAUUAGCAAUGAACGUAAUAAGAGAGGUCUACAAAAGCAUUUUGUAAUUAAUAAGUCAUUUUUAUCAUAUUGUAAUAUAAUUCAUCCAAUAGUGUUUAAAUAUUAUCAUGUAAGCUUUGUGAAUUCGGAAAGCUUAAUGAAUAUUCACGUAGCGGAUGAUGAAAUUUCCAAUGCUGUUUGACUUGACGACAAUUGCGAUGACUUUCUCGAUUUGCACGUGCGCUCUUGUAACACGUUUAUUAUUGCUGCGCUUCAAGAGGGAUGCCAGCAAUGCCCAAGCACCUUGCACCGGCCACCUUGCAGCACUCACAUAAGCAUAAAUCUAUCUUUCUAUCUCUCUUUUUCUCUUUUCCUCUUUCAUCACCGCCUGUAUGCAAGAUAUAUUUGUUAUGAUCACAAAAAACAGAUUCAAAAGACAAAGUGUGUGCCCACGGGUCGUUCUCCGUUGCAAUGUUCUUGGGUUUUGUCAAUUUCAGGGAAGGAGGCGAGACCUUCGGUGGAUUGUCGGGAAUGCUGCGUCAGAUUCUCUCGCCUUCGCCCGAGAUCGGGGAGGCCGGUAUGUCCAUCAAUUGUAAUCUUCUACAGAACAACUCGAUAUUCUCGAACCAAUCGUCGAUGCUAUCGUCGACUUUACUCCCUCCGCAUUUUCAAUCAGUAUGCCCUGAUCAGUCUCUGCUCGAUCAGGUGCAAAUCUUCACCGAGUCUUAUCCAUGUCCAACGUGCGGAUUGGAGUUCCGAAGUGUCCUUAAGCUUAACUAUCACAUGCGAACGAGUCACGUCGUGCGUACGGAAUUCGAGCAUAGUAUCGAGAAUCAGCCGCGGUACUCUUGCGCGGUCUGCUCGCGAACCUUUGUUGCGUUGAACCACCUGAGGAUGCACGAGGUCACACAUUCCGCGCCUGUACCCACGUGUGCAUCGACUUCCGUUACUCUCGCUACGUCGUCCGGCGGUAAUAUGGAGAAAACGUUUGCCUGCGAUUUCUGCCAGGCAAGCUUUCGAUAUCGCACGCUACUGGAACGUCAUCGGAGGAUGCACCAGGAAGCCAGCCAGGAAAAACCAUACUCCUGCCCAAGAUGCUUAAUGCGCUUUGAGACGCGCAACUCGUACAAUCAUCACGCUAAAACCCACAGACCAUUACCGGCGAGUCAUGAUAAUCGAAUAAUUGCGGGUAGCAAUACGGUGUCGUCGCCAGUCGAUCCGAUAGUAACUAGUAAUCUCGGUGUUGGCGGCAGCGACGGAAGUAGUGGUCCCAUAAUACCCGCAAAGUCCAUGCCUUCUUAUCCCUGCGACUCGUGCUCCAAACAAUUUACGACCGCCGAGUCGUUGACCUCGCAUAAAGCGGUGCACAGAUCGCGACCGCUGGUCUGCGACGUAUGCGGCAAGGGUUUCACGCAUCGCAAGUAUUACGUGGUGCACCAGCGCAUCCACACCGGCGAAAGGCCGUAUCUCUGUGCCAUGUGCGGCAAAUCGUUCACGCAGGCGUCGACGCUCACUGUGCAUCGUCGUUAUCAUACGGGAGAGCGUCCGUACACCUGUACGCUCUGCGGAAAGGGAUUUGUCACGCGAACAAUUAUGCUUAAUCACAUGAAGAAACAUUGAGCCAACGAUAGAUCUACGAGAUCUUUUGCUGCGCGCGAUUAAAUUCAAGAUGUAAGGACAUUUUAAAUUCGAGGUGCAAAAAAAACGAUGUUCUUAUUUGAUCUCGAAAUCGAAUAUUUCAUCAACACUCUCUAGAGAAAAACAUUUUUUUAAUUUAUAUAGAAAACUAUUAUAUAGAAUCGCAUAGUCGAUGAACAAAUAAAAACUUGAUAUAAUUUUCGAGUAAAAAAUGACAUUCAAAUCAAAUCUAUAUGAAAAUUAGACCAAAAAAUAUUAAUUUGUAAUUAUUUUGAAAUUUUAUUAUUUUAAUAUUUUUUCUUAAGCAAUUAUUCGGUGAUUUAGGAAUUAGCACAGUAACUUUAAUUUAAAAAGAAAAAUUUGCUAAAGGAGGUUACAUUUAAUUGCACAUUGCACUUUUGUAACUGUUUAUUGAAACCGGAUUUUAAUGACUAGUGUUUGUAAUUUUUCAAAAACAUAGUUAUUUAAAAGAAGCUAAAAUUCAAAUAUUUUUUAUUAAAAGUAUUCUUUUUAUUGGAAUUGUAUAGAGUGUUGAUGUCCAAGUGCCUGAAAUUACUCAAGUUACUAUCGCAGUAUAAUAAAUAAGUCGAUAUAAUAUAACGAACGAAUUAAAAUGUGUAAAUUAAAUUUUUUAUGGACACGUCUACACGCGAUAUGUAACUCCGUAUAGUUUCGGAUAAAAUAUAUUUAAUGAUCAAUCAAACCAGAAUCACGAAAAGCGAAUAAUUAUAUGUUAUAAUCAUAAAUGUUGUCAUCACUGUGAUAUCGUUUGUAUAUUAUACAAGAUAUUUAGAAUAAUGUUAAUAUUAUUAGACGCAUCGCGAAACUUUUUUUCUAUCCUUCUAAAUGAAAGUUGAUGUGGCGUAAUUCAGUUUCUAUAAUAAGAAAAAUUAGUACCUGCGCAAUAAUAUGAAAAAAGUGCCUAAAAGUCCACAACUUUUUAAAUUAUUUUAUUAUGGGAUAAAAAUCUAAAAUUUAGAAACAUGGCAAAUAAAUUAUUUUUGUACUUCGCAUUGACAUUAAAAUUUUAAUUAUAUUGUUGAUCGAUUGCUAAUCUAGAAUGCAACAAUUAAUUUCAACGUAUAACUGAAUUCAGGUGCCUUUAAUUAAUAUAGGGUGAAAGACAGGGUAGAACGUGUAACAUUAAUUAUUUAAAUGUGACAUGUAAGUAUGAAGACGCUUAAAUAUUUAGAUGUAGUUCUAGAAAUUGUAUACAAUUCGAAGAUAUGCAGAUAAAGUAAAUGAUAUUUAAUGACUUUUCACAGAUAUUUUUAACUUUAUUGCUUUAUAAAUUCUUUUUUUUAAUUAAUAUUUUAUUGUAUUUUUUUUUGCAAACUUGUAUUAUACAUAGUUCUAUAUGUAUUUUCAAUUAAAAUUGAUAAAUAUCUUUUGUAAAGAUUACAUAUUGCUACAAUGUUUGCUUUGGUAGAUAUUAUAUACAAAAUUUUUUUUAAUUCGAAAAACUUAAUGAAAUUUUUCAAUUCUAUUUUUUUAAUUUUUGUUUUGGAUAUACAAACAUGUAUCUGCAAAUAGAGCAUAAUGCAUACCUAUAUUUAUUCAUCUGUAUAUGUAUAUAAUACAAUAGCCAAUUAUACUGAAAAUUCUGUUUAUACGUAUAUGCAAAAAUGUGUUCUUGAAUUAAAUUUUAAUCGGUUUUAUUUACCAAAUUUUUAAUAACAGUAUUCUAAAUUUUAAGAAUGGAUUUUUUAUUUGAACAAUGCAAUAAAUAUGUUGUGUUUAGGAAAUUUAAUACUGAAGUAAGAUUUAUAUGGAAGCAUGUAUUAGAGUUAAAAAAAAAUAUGAAUUUUUAAAUCGUUUUCGUUUCUUUAAACUUUGAUUUUUUUAUCAGUUUCAACGAUUUACGCAUUAAUACAGUCGACAAAAUGUACAAAAUGUCGAUAUCGUUGAACGUACCACUUCAGUAAUCGACCGCUUAACUUUGAUAUUUUUCAAUAUUAAUCUCCAAUAUGAUUAGCAGAAAUAAUUUUUUGUAAUGUGCUACUAUUAUCAACAGUUUAAAAUUGUUAUAAUUGCUUUGCAACAUAAACAAUAAUUUAUUAUACGUGCACGUAUAUCGAAAGAUUAUAUAAUUUUGCAUGUUACAAGAUUUUUCCUGAUAUUAGUAAUAUCAUUAAUAUCAUAUUACUGAAUUAACUGAUAUUUUGCCUUUUUCUUUAGCUAAGAACAAAAAACGGAAUAUUAAAAAUCUUUAAUCAUUUAUAGAAUAGAAAUAAUUUUUUAUUGUAGUUAUAUUAAAUAAUAAACUAUAGCAACCUAUGUGAAGAGAAAUAAUAAUUAUGUUCACCAAGUACGAAUAUGUUAUACAGGUUGUUUAUAUUAGGUAUAGAUCUCUUCAAUCUUGGAUGCUAAAAGCUCAGUUAAGAAGUGUGAUUUAUUUAUUUAUACAUAUGUCUGGUAUAAGUAAUUAAAAAUUAAAACUUUUAAUAAUUAAAUUUUAAGUGAAUAAACAAAAGAAAUUUAUAGCAUUUUUUAUCUAAUUAUAAUUAAUAUUAAUUUUUAAUUUAAAAAUUAUUCGCGAGUAUAUUUAAAAUAAUGGAGAUUUAGCAAAUUUUAUUUUUUGUCAGACUUGCUUGGAGAAUAAAGUUGACUCAAAAUUUAUCAGAGAAUGUAUAGCUGAAUUUAUGGUUCGUAUAAUAAUGCAACAUUUUGUAUAUAUUGUAAACAAGAAAUAGUGCGAUUGUGCACUUAGAAGAAGAAAGAAAAAUAUGUUAAUAUUGUUAAGACAAGCGCAUUUUAUUAACGAACACAAUAUAUUAACACAUAUCUGUUAAGGUGUGGUCAAGAUACUGCAAAUGCAUUGAAGUCUUGGAAUGAUUUAUAAAAUUCUUAAUUCUAAUUGGUCAAUCAAAUUGACCGCAUCUUUAAUAUUAAGAGAACAUAGUAUAGCAUAUAAGCAAUAUUUUGUAGUCGCAGAUUGUGUGCUACUACAAAAUUAUGUAAACAAGCUGCAAGUACAACAAAUAGUACAGAAGACGACAAUGUUCGUUGACGAAUAAUCAUUGUUUAAUAAUAAGACGUCUCAAUGAGGGUAGAGAGCAGAGACAUGGCUACAUAAUAAAGAGAAUACUGGAAAUCAUAA